AAAACCGCUCAGUCGCCGAUUUCGUUAACAUUCAACGUAUACCUACGUGCAAGUACGCGCUAAUCCUACAGUGGUUUAAAAAUAAAUCGUCGUGUUUAAAGCCACGUGAAUAAUAGUUAGCGAUGAACGAGGAACAGUCGAAAAAGCUUCACAUACCUUAUCCUACAGGUCCACACGCAACAGGAUGUAUGGAAUUAAUGACAGAAUAUUCCGAAGAAGGAUGUUUUGCGAGAGUAUUUUACCCGACUAACAUUCCAUCUGAUCAAUUGGAUAAAUACUCUGAUAAAUGGGUUCCGUGGAUGCCAAAUGAAAUGUAUUUGAAAGCAUUUGCCAAUUCUCUUCGUUUACCUUAUUUCAUAUUCAAAUAUUUUCCACAAAUCAUCGGCCAAGCACCAUAUUACAUACCAACCAUUAGUGAUGCACCGCUAUCGGAUAAAGAACAAUCGUAUCCCUUUGUCAUAUUUUCACACGGUUAUGCAGCAACGAGAUUUGUUUGCUCAGAAUUUUGUAACACUUUAGCGUCACACGGAUUUAUAGUCGCUGCCAUUGAACACAGAGACAAAUCAUCGCCUCUUACGUAUUACUAUGAUUCUCCCGAAAGCGCAGAACAGGACAAACCCACGUGGGUCAACUAUCGACAUUUCCAUAAGACCUACAACACGGAUAAUUAUCUCCUAAAAAAUAGCCAAUUGAAAGUUCGGCAUAAAGAAUGCACCAAACUUCUGAACACAUUUUUAGACAUCAAUGCAGGCGGUUCCGUGAAGAACAUACUCAAGUCAUCGUUUGAUCUGAAUCAAUUCAAUGGCAAGAUUAACAUUAACAAAAUAAUAACAUCUGGAUUUUCGUUUGGCGGAGCAACCGCCAUGUAUAAUGCAUGUUAUGACGCUCGUUAUCAAGUUGCUAUAAUUAUCGACGGUUGGAUGUUUCCGUUAAAAUCAGAGCCAUUUUUGAACAUUCAACAACCAAUUUUGUUCAUCAACACACACACAUUCCACAUUGCAGUAAAUCUGAGAUUGAUUCGCCAGUAUUUCUGUUCCAAAGGUAUUCGGAAAAUAUACACAAUGAAAAAUACCACUCACGAAAGUCCGACGGAUACACCUUUCAUACAUGGUUACUGGUUAGACUUGCAGAUGCUGAAGAAGUUGGAUUCUAAAACGGCAUUAAAUCUACAGAGUAGUCUAGUAGUUCAAUUUUUACGAGACACCAUCGGUUGCCCGACAAAUUCUGACAAUGCACAAAUAUUCAUAAAGGAACAUUCUGACGACUUAGUAGAAGACGUAAUUCCUUAUAAAAAAAGAGUUAUACGAAAAAUUGGAAUUUAUCCUUGGUGAACAAUGAACACUACAAGUUCAUAGAAUAAAGAUAAAAAUUGACUAUUUAAAAUAAAAAUCACACAUUUUUAACCAAUUUCCUAAGUAUAAUAAAUAAUAUAUUACCUACCUAAUUGUGUACGAUUUAAUAUGAAUUAGAUCUCAAGGUCAUACAUAUUUAAAUAAAAUACUAUUAAAGUUAAAAUUGUUCGAAAACACUACUAUUAGAUCUUUAUUCUUUAUACUGUGAAUAUUAAUUACAAUAAAUUCUCUGUCUAGCAAAAGAGCACUCCGAUUCAACGUAUCCUCUUUCGACACCAAUCCAACGAUACCUACCUAUAAGUUUCCUUGAUAUUUUAAUCAUUCAUAAUUAUUAUAAUUUUAAUUUAUUCUCAACUACAUCAACAACUUGUUAUUAUGAGAUUAUUAAGGAUAAAUUUAAACCUACAUUUCCUUAUAUUUAGCUAAAUGUAUUAGAUUUUUAUUUUAUACAAUAUUGUUUUAUAGUGUAAUCACAAUUUAUAUAAAAAUAUAAUGUAAAUAUUUCAA